CACAGCCUGUCGGGUUUCAGCUACUUCUCCGGAAUGAAAUCAAAGGAGGAGACCUGACUGAACGCACACCUUGACUUAAUAAGUGCCAAACUAUAUAUUUCCAAUAAGUCUUCCAGCCUAUAGCGCGGCUGCUGGGUCUCCAGGUGCGCGCUGUGGGGUAUAGAGGUUUGCGUUAUUGGCGCCUCCCUUCCUCACUCUCACCAGGUCUCUCAGGAGGACACACGCCCCGCUCUGACGAGGAGAAUUAAGUGUUGCGUGUUUGGACCAGCUUUCUAAUCUCUGAUCUCUUGGAUUAUACUGAUGGACGGGACUUAACCUGUCCGUGUUUCCUUUUUAGCGCUGUUUUACGCACCGCUUCAAGCGCGGGUAUUUGCUAAACAUGGAUUAAUCCCCAAGUGUUUUUUGUUUGUUUUUUUGGGCUAAAUUUAAUUUCCACUCUCAGGUUUUCUUUGAAUUGUUACGGGAUUCAUAUGAUGCUGAGUAAUGAAGAUGAUUUUUUUGUCCUUGGAGCGAGUGGAGGCGCGUUGGAUUAUUAGGAGCGCGCAGUUUCCCAAAGCUCUUGGAGAAAAUCUAGCUGUUUAUUCCUGGGAGUCACUCUGAGGUGUUUUUCUUCAUUUACAAUCUGGGAUGGAGAACGAGCUAAGACCCAGGCUCUGCUUUCUGAUCAAGGGUCAGCGCGGAUAUGGCUUUCACCUGCAUGGAGAGAAGAGGAAAGGCGGACAGUUCAUCCGCACAGUGGAGCCUGGAUCCCCGGCUGACCUGGCCGGACUGCGUCCUGGGGACCGUCUGGUGGAGGUGAACGGAGAGAAUGUUGAGAAAGAAAGUCAUCGUCAGGUGGUGAAUCGAAUCUGCGAGGUGCCCCACCGCACCAGGCUGCUAGUGGCGGACAGAGAAACGGAUGAAUAUCUGCGCAGCCAGGGCUUGUCCUGCACAGAAGACCAGGCUAUUGAAAUGGGAAACCUCUCUCCGCGUCCCUCUCCCAGAACCACCCCUUCAGCCUCACCCAUACCAAGAGCCAACUCCCCACUGUCUAUUAAAUCCAACCUUAGAUACUUCUUUCAUUUUCCUGCUGUAGACCCCUCAACUCACGUAAACACUCAAGACAAAGACAAGAGAGCAUCAACGACAUCAAGUUCAGCGACAGACACAGAGCUGCAGGUUGAUGCUUCACCUAAGCCGACCGUGGAGCUCCUUCCUCGUCUGUGUCGCCUGGUAAAGGCAGAGAACGGCUACUGCUUCAACCUGCAAAACGAUAAGAAGAAGGGAGCACAGUUCAUCCGCUCUGUGGACCCCGACUCACCUGCAGAGAGAGCAGGUGUCCGACCUGGAGACAGAAUAGUGGAGGUAAAUGGAGUAAACAUCAGGGGCCUGAGGCACUCAGAGGUGGUGGCGCUUAUCAAAUCCAGAGGGGAUGAAGUCUGCCUUCUUGUGGUUGACCAGGAGACGGAUGAACUCUUUCAAAGACUGGGAAUUAACCCAACUGCUGCCCACAUUAAAGAGGUCUAUGUUGAUGAUAGAGGUUCAGAAAGCAGCCGUCCAAGCCCCUCUCCAACCACUGAGCUCCCUAUAUCAGAUGCACCAGUCAUUAGCGUCACUCUGACAGACUCUGACAUCACAAACACGUCUCCAAAAUCCCGAGCCAAUGGGAGCUCAGCCUCCCAAUCCUCCAGAAGUUCCACUACCCAGUCAGAAAUCAGCAGCUCAGAGAUGAGUUUCCAGGUUCCUGAGGAUGACGACAGGCGUAUUUCAGACCCCUUCAUGGAAAGUGGCCUGCGCCUGAGUCCCACAGCCGCUGAAGCUAGACAGAAGGUCCUCGCCACUCGCAACAAGAAGCGAGCCCCCCCUAUGGACUGGAGCAGGAGGCAGGAGCUCUUCAGCAACUUUUGAACAAAGAAAUGAGGCAAAUCCUAAUGGCUCUGGACUAUUUAUAAGAAAUAAUAAACUUUCCAUCUUGUAGAUGUCUGGACAGGAAAAGGGCAAAAUGUAAUAAAAGGAACUUUCUGUUUAGUUUUAAAUCAAUGCAUAAUAUCAAAUAUUAUUCUGUUGAUUUCAACUGCACAUUCCCUGCAUGCUUUAUACAAUGUCUGUCUGUAUUUCAUAAAAAUGACAGCCAAGUGAGAGGCAUUCUGAGCUAAGCUAGAAUGGACCGAAUGUGAGAAUUGAAAAAGAAACUUCAUUUAUCACUUAUAUUUAGAAGAUUCCAGAAAGAAAAGAUUUUGUUUAACAAUGUGUACUGGCAUGUUCCUACAGAUGGUGCAAAAUCUGUAUCAGUGCACAAAAACCUUACAGAAAAAG